AUGAUAUAUUAUGUCAACUUUGGCAUUAUGAAACAUGAAUUAAAAGGUAUGUUAAGAGUACUUAGUUUAGGCAAGUCCAAAGUAAUGAUUAACGGCUCGGAAGUCAGUCAGUCGGGCAGAAAAAACAGCCAUAAACACUUCCACAUCCGCAGCCCCGGAGUGCCCAGCGCAACGCGAAGUGUUGAUUGCGAAGGUCAAUACACCCAUGACAACCACGAGGCCACAACACCCAUCGUGAUCUACUAUGCUGUUCUUGAGAGAUUACUAAUGAUAAAUGUACAGACAGAUGAAAAAAAACUAGAAGGAGCUGUCAUGUGUAUCAAGUUGUUGCCCGGAGAAAACAUUAUCUGGAGUAAACAAACAUUAUUUGCGUUUAUACAAGACUUAUGCGAUCAGUGUUUAAAACCUUCUAUGUUGGAUCCUAUUCGAACUUACCAGAUCCGGCAUUUCCUGGUGAAGCACCCCGGGGAGGUUGUGUUCCUCGACUUCCAGCAUCUCCACGGCCUGGCCUCCUCCGACCACACGUCUUUAGUCGCUCUCUUGAGGAACACCUUCUCCGAGCUCAUCUGCCCCUUCUUCCACCAGCUGAACCAUCUGUCUCUGGCUUACCUGGCUCGUUUCAAGUACCAGGUCCUCGUCUUCUACCGGCACCAGGAGACGAUGCAAGCGGUGCCGUGGCUCUGGUCUGGCUCGUCCCUGCCCAACCCGUGGCCGAACACCACCUCCGUCGCCGCCAUGUUCUCCUUCCUCGAGGCUCAGCUUCUGGAGAGGAACCCCGACGCCUUCUUCGUCACGCAAUGCGUCCUCACGCCGUCAGGGAGGUACCUGGCGCGCCACUUUUCCGGGCAGCUGGAGAGUAUGGCCGCCCCGUGUAACAGGGCCCUGCCGGAGUGGCUGGCGCAGCUGCCCAUCGGCGCCCGCGGCCCUAACAUUGUCAUGACCGACUUCGUGGAGCACGACGAGUGGGCGGUGCCUCGGGCCGUCGUCAGGAGGAACGCCUUCAACGCCCUGCUGCCGUCGCGCACCGUCAGGUUUUAAGCGUCGAUUCGGCCGUGUGUGGUUCGGGUUUCUGUUUCAAGUGUCGGGCUCGCAGUUCAGGUGUCCGUUCCGCUCUGCCAAGUUGUCGUUCGAUGACCUUUCCUCGCGUCGCGUGACUCCCGGAAGGCUCUUAUGAAGUGACAAUCGAACGAGGCCAUUAAACGGGUGUUUGGCCUUCUAAGUGAUGCGUUGUCCUUGUUGCGGUGUGAAAUGCGGCAUUUUGAUUGCAGAUGUUGCAACGGUGAAGACGUAUGUGCAAUAGGAACGGAAUAAAGUACAAAAUAGAGAAUACAAAGACUAGAAUUGAUCUCGAACUGGCUGCUUUUAUAUUAAAACAAAUAAAAGGACCAAAAAUCUACUCAUGAAGUGACAAAUGACAUCUUCCUUCAUCGGUACCAGGCAAGCGUGUACUCCACACAGGAAGAUAAUACGAUAAUACGUAUCUUUGGUUUUGUAUUUUGUCUUUGAUGCAUUUAUACCAUUUAGGUCGCAGGAUUUGCAUUGAAAGCUACCUUAUCAUGCUCAUUAGUUAGUGAUAUAUUAGUCUCCCUCAAACCCAUUCAUGCAAUCACUCAACUUGGUCGUCUCACACAUUCAAAUUGUAUCUCGUCCCAGACUGAUAGCGUUGUGCCAACUCUAUAGGUUAACUAGACAUUUGAUUACGAAAAUAAAGUACACUGUAAUUAGCAUUUCAUUUAUGUUUAAUGGAAGUUGGUAGCUGUGUUACAUGAAAGAACACAGAGAAAAUUUAGACUGAGCAUAUAGAAAAAUGGUUUAUUACGGACAUUAACGUAUUCGUUGUACUAAAAUGAUUUCGUAUAACAUAUUCUGAAUAAAAGAACUGAAUGUGUAUUCGUAAUAAAAGCUGCACAGAUGCAACUAUAUCUGUGAUGAAUAUGGUCUGCAAUGCACUUGUUUAUUAAUCAUCAGUCUUGACUGGAAUUCAUUAUCUUUAUUGUUAAAAUUCAUUUUGAAAUUAGAAAUAAUAGUCUAUUUAUAAUUAUCUCAUAUAAUUGUCUUUAUUACAAUAAUUAAGCCUUGGCGAAAUACUGUUAUUGAUACCUGAGAAUGGAAAACUCUACGGUACCGCACCACCACUUUUCACCACAUCAUGCAAUAUGAUCUUCUGAUACAAGGAUAUACCGAGAGCAUUUGAAUAUUACUAAGAAGAGUAAAGAUGGCUCAGUUAGUUUUUUUUUUUAUGAUUGUCACUACAAAGCACAGGUAAACACUUAGACUGUUAAAAGGUCUCUAAUACUCAUUUCCAGCAAAAGAGUUCGUACACCAACUUUGUGCCUUACAUGAGACCGUGCAGUGUCUCCUGUACCUUGCCCAUCAUGCUCGUGAAUGUAGCAUGAGUAAAGGGUAAUGGUUUGCCUGUUAAUGAAGACAUAAUUCUCUGAAGCACAGCCUUUUUUGGCCUCAGAUUGGCCCUACACUUUCUUCCGGUCGAAAAAAAAGAAAAAUCUAGACUAUGAGAAUGAGAGUUCUUGAUAAUUUUGUGAAUAUUUGUUAUUUUUUAUAAUGAUGUGGAUUCCUAAACACGUGUGUGAAUUUUGUCAAGAACACUGGUCGAGUAUGUUCUCGCUCAUUAAGGUUAUAUUUCUUUGUCUGUUCUAGUCAUUUUGGAUUCUCAUGCUUUUCCCACUGGGUUGUACUAGUCUAAGACAUAAUAUAAGAAAUCCUUUUAUGUUCUCAUUUGCGUGUGUUUUUGUAUGUUAUUACCAUUGCGUUAGUUGUUACUGUUAAAGCGCCAUCUGUGAUACGAAACGACUUCAAGGAAGAUACAUAUAUGUUUUAUGUAAAUAAAAAAAGGAUAAAAUCUUGUUAGGACAAUUUCAUCACGUGAAUGUAACAUUUGCAAGACUUCCCUUCCUCACUUCGAGAUUUCAGUUACAAUGACUGGAGACUAUUGCCAUUUUACUAUAACUUGGCAAUAUAUAUAUUUUUUCAGAAUCACUGCACAUCUU